AUGACCAACAUGUUGAAUGCCUACCAGCCGCUGACGAUGUGGGACGUUGUGCACCCGUCCUAUUGGUACCCCUUGACUAGCCUUGAGCAAUCGUUGAUGGACUUGAACGCCCUGUCAAAUGUGGACAUGCCCGUGCAAACUUAUUGCAUCAUGGAGGCCAUCCCGCCAUCGACUUCCGACGAGCCAGACGAUUUUUUCCGCGAUUUACCGGUUGUGGCUCAAGGCUCCCCGGAGACCAAGGAUGUGUCGACCAACGCUGAUGACAAAGCUCAAUCGUUCAGCUACUCGUACUCUAGCUCGUCCGUGGCGGAUGACAAGGGCUGCAUCGUGCAGAGCAUCCGACGCCGCUACGAAGAUGCCAGCGGGCGGUUGAAGGCGACACACGAACGCCGGUUGCCUGGGAAGAAAGUGGUGACGACGUGGCAAAAGGCAGGCAAGGACGAUGAGGGAAAGCAGGACACGAUUUGUUCCGAAGGCACAACGAAGGACGAGUUCGACGAAGAAUGGAAGAAGACGCCCUUUGCCAAGGCCAAAGCCUCCUACUCCUUUUAA